AUGAUUCGAUUGGAAAGGGAAAAUAUGCCCAAAACCAUAAUUUUUUGUACCACAAUGCAAGAUGUGGCCAAAUUGAGUGGACAUCUUCUUGGAAUACUUGGUGCCGAUGGCUAUGUUACUGACAAGCCUUGUGUGCCAGCGAACCGACUGCUUGGAAUCUAUCAUUCCAUGACCUGGCCAAAGUACAAGGGUAGAGUAACUGAUUCCUUCAAGCAAAAUAGUGGCUGUGUUAAGGUUGUGGUUGCAACCUCUGCGUUUAGUAUGGGGGUCAACUUCCCAGAUGUAAAAUUUGUCAUACACAUUGGUCCCGCAUGGAGUACAGUUGAUCACAUUCAGGAGGCAGGACGGGCAGGUCGUAAUGGAAAACCUGCACACAAUGUGAUCAUUUAUCACGGCAAUCAACUCUCACAAUGUGAUAAGGCAGUCAAAACGUUCUGUAAGACAGACACUUGCAUACGCAAGGCCUUGUUUGAAGAGUAUGCUGCUGUGGAAAGUUUAACAUGUCUGCAUGACUGCUGUAGCAACUGUGAGAAGAAGUGUUUAUGUGGCUGGGGUGAGUGCAAGCGACAGGCAUUUCCUUUUGACAACCCCAUGGGAUCUUUGCAAUCCAAGAGUACUAUAACAACCCAGAGAACUGUAAAUGCUGAGGAUCGCAAUGUUCUCCAUCAAGCCUUAACUGAGUCGCAGAGCAAUUUGAAUGGUCCCACAUUGUCAGUGUUUGGAUCUUCUAGUGCUCAUGGAUUUUCC